UUCAUCAGCCAGGAUCUUCGCAACGGAUAUCCCACUUGUCGUAUCAGCGAUAAUCGCGAACAAACGUGCGCUUUCGCUUGUGUUCCCGCGAUCGUUUACGAAUAUUUCUGUUCUUCGGAAUUUAUAUCACGUUUAUCUAUUUUCGUUCUACAUAUAUUUCGUUCAAAAUAUUAGUGUUUGCAACGUUGCGCGUUGACGAAGGAGUGAGGAUAAAUUUAUUGUCAAAAGAGAGCGCACGUAUAUAUAUAUACAGUCGGUUUUUCUUUGUUGUGUGCGUCAGAGCCGACAGCGAUCGUGUUUCCAAUAAUUGUAUCCAACAAAGUAUUUAUCAUCAUCAGGUUUCGCGAUCUCUUUCGGUGCCGCAAUUUAAUUAUUUAAUAUCCUGUUUAAUAUCUGUUUAAUAUCAAUUGCUUCGCAAUAUUUACGUUUUGACUGUUUAGUUUAUCUUGACGUCAAAAAAUUGCUGUAAUUGUUAAUUAUAAUACGCAAACUUACGUGCGAGAAAUGCUAAGAGAUUUUAUUUAUUUAUUUUUUUUGUUGCUUUGUGUGAUAGGUAUAUAUAAACGUCACUUAUCGUUGGCGUUUCUUCAAAUUGAUUGACCGAACACCAGAGUAACCUAACACUGCCUAUUUUUGCAGAUAACAAAAUAAAUUUCAUCUUCUCUCGAGAAAUCGCUUGCGAGGCCUCGCAAUCGUAUCGGCAUCUCGUGCGUCAUAUUCGUCGAAAGACAAACACGCUCGUUGCCGUUUUUGGCGCACCGACAGUUACUGGUUUUAGACGCAGAAAGGGACUGAUAGAAAAGAAUGAAAAAAAGGAAACGCUAGCCGAUCAGCAGCGGAGGAACGUUAAGGAAACGAGAGUUAUUUGGAACACGGAUGUUUUCUCGCCGCAUUCUUUCUGUUUCUCUCUGUAGUUCGCGUGUGCUAACGUAUAAAUUAUAUAUCGCAAAUAUCGCGGUAAAGAAACCGACGUGGGUACGUGCAUGAGAGGUCGUAAUUCCGCAAUAGCGAGUUCCUUGAAGGCAAACUCACGUCUGACUCGAACGUCGUAAUUUUGCAGUGUUUGAGUACGUGUGUGCGCGUGCCACAAGGAUAGACCGGAGAAAAAUAAUCGACGACACGUAUAUCCGCGCCAGAAAUUGAGAAGAGGAGAACGCAAUCGCGAGGACGCAAUCCUUUCAACAAAGGAUCGGCGAAACAACAAUCGAGAGGAACGAGGGUAAGCUGUAAAAAAAAAAAAAUACAAGAUCAUCAAAAGAGAAUCGAAGAAACUCGCACACACUCGUAAAACCAGCGUGAAAAAUUCACAUCACACGAAUCAGAGAGAAAGAAACAAACUGAGCGGAGAGGAAGAGCUUUAGCUCGUGUCGAAGUCGUCUCCGGCUAUGACGAGGGCAACGAGUCGCGCUGCCGAUCGGUCGUCGUUGAUUGAAGAAGCCACAAAUGCAAGAGCGAUCAUCAUCUCAUUGAAUGUGGAACACGAUCUCGCGACUCUUUGCUAAGAGCAGCAAGACCGCGGUGCAGGAGGCAGCCGCGUCGCCGCUGCCGCCAUCGGCGACGACAACAUCGGAACAGCAGAAAGAGCGACAACAACAACAACAACAGCAGCAGCAGCAGCAGCAGCGCACGUGCAACGGCGUCGACGACGACGACGCGCCCGCCGACGUUACGAACGUCGUCCAUGUGUUCAACGACGACGCGACGAUGGAUCGCGGCGCGAGUGCAGACGAUCGACGCAGACCUGCUGCCGCCGCCGCAGCUGCGACCGGUACCGCGGCGACAGCAGCGGCCGAUCAGCAGUCCGCUGGGGGUGACUUCGAGCAUUUUUCCGACACCUAUGACUCCCGCCAGGCUAAACAACGUGCCUCCGUAAAAUGGCUUCUGUCGAAAGCGUACAACAAUCGAGUGCCAGAAAAGCUCCGCGAACCGUAUUAUCGCGAUCAUGAGGAACAGGAACACCUGAAGCCGCAGAUCGUCCACGCGCUUUCAAAUGCGGAACUCUACUGCCUCGCUCUGGCCAACAUAUAUUCAGAUCCCAACUAUCACAAUCAGAACCAUUACGGGAUCUUGCAAGCUCUGGCCAGGAAAGGCGUCUACGUCGCGGAGCAGAACAAUACUCAGCUCACCGAAACGGUCCUCAUUCAAAAUUCACCACUCAAGAUGUCCGCGCAUAUGGCUGUGAUAGAAGGCUUGAUGGUCUUGUAUGCGAAAGAGGUGGUGACGGGUGAUCGAGUAGUAUCGGCGAUUCGACGGUUCGAUCCUCAGGCAACGGUGGACGUGCCGUCGGACCACGAAAAGGGUCUUCUGCUCUGGAUCAAUCACGCCUCGCACGCGCUGAUCGCCAAGAUCCAGAGCGAGGAGGGCGCCGGUGACAAGUCGCGGCUGCCCGAACUGCCUGUCGCAAAAGACUUUCAAUCCCUGUGCGACGGCGUGGGCCUGGCGGCGGUCGUCGCGUUCUACUGUCCCGGCGAGAUCAACUGGAUGGAGAUCAGGGUGUCGAAGAGACCCUCCGUGGCGGACGCGCUGCACAAUCUCUCCUUGGUUCACGCGUUUUGCGUCAAGUGUCUGCCCUACUCGAUUUUCCACAUGCAACCCGAGGACGUGACGUAUAUGAGAGGAUCUAUGAAGCAGAACCUAGUGGUCUUCCUGGCGGACAUGUACAAUGUCCUGGAAAUUCAUCCGGCUAAGUGCGUGCGCUAUCCCGGAGAGGAGCGAGCGUUGCAGUAUUUGGAUGCCUGCCCGCGCAAUAGUCAUGGCGUAGCUCAUAAGAGAAGCCUGCCACAGUCUAUAGCUCCGAUACCUGAUCUGAGAAGCAACCUCUCCGAUUUUACGCCAGGUUUCACAGUUGCAAAGUCAGCUCCGAGCAGCACCGUGAAGAAGUCGCAAUCCUUGCAACAGACUGUCGAAAGUCAUCCGUACGACGACAGACGCGCGGGAAGCGAAGAAAGCUUCGUGGUGCAUCGUGGGAAGGGUGUGCCUACGUUAAGUUCCGUGACCGACGACAAGUCGGUAACUAGAACCGAAGCCGCCGGUCGACCGAGCAACUGGGAAGAUCAACGGCGAAGCUCAUACGCGGGACGUCGAUCUAGACGGAACAGCAUCACGGACGAUUCUCAACUGACCAUCGAGAACUUUGGCGGCUCUCAGGAUAAUUUACACAAUUUUGGUAGAAAUCCGGAUAAAGAGGUAGGCGCGCACAUCGGAAAGCGCAGCACCACCGAGCCGACGUUGCCCGCGCGAUCCAGCGUCCAGGACGUGUACGGCAGCGGCGUGCAACACAUAAUCGCGGACAACGGUUACGGCGGCGACGAGGAGCCGCCGAGGUUGCGACGGCAGGCGUCUAACUCCAGUCUGGAUAACGUCGCUCUCCGGCAUAUAUUACAUUCCAGCGCAGAGAACGACGGUGGCGCGGACGGCGGCAACGGCGGCAACGGCAGCAACAAUGACGCCGUCACGAAACUGGCCAGUUUCGCGAAUCUGAGCAGACAGAGCUCGGAAAAGGGGAUCAAUUUUACAUACACGGAACAGGAACGGCAAGCGGACAACGCGAAACCGAUCAAGAAACAGGGUCAGAGCAACGGCAACGGUAACGGCGAGAAGAAAACGACGUUCGCCACUUUGCCAAACACCACGACGUGGCAACAGCAGAGCAGUCAACAGUCGCAACAGACGGAGCAACAUUCUGUCGAUGAAAACGGCGGUAACACGAUAAUGGCCUCGCAGUUGAACAACAUACGACUGAAACUCGAAGAGAAACGACGGCACAUAGAGAACGAGAAGCGCAGGAUGGAAGUCGUGAUGUCGAAGCAACGACAGAAGGUGGGAAAAGCGGCGUUCUUGCAGGCAGUGACGAAGGGUAAGGUUAAAUCUCCUUCUUCGUCAACGUCCGGGGGGGACAGUCCGGCCGAGUCAGUCGGUCCCCCCACUCCUGUAACCUCCGGAUCUUCCGGGGCGACUCCAACGAGCGCGUCCGAGGUGUCCUCCGUACCCCAACAACCCUCUCAAGAAAAACCACAGAGACCUUUCUCUCUCAAGGAAAUUAGUGAGGAUGUGCGAGACGUCGAGCACAAAUGGCUGGAGCACGAUGGUAACGCGCCGUUCAUCGAAACCAGACGCACUCCGGACAUCGAGAACAUGGAUCCGGAACAGUAUCGUCAAUCCAUAACGCAAAUGAACAACAGUUUGAGCGAGAUUCAAGCGGAUAUUCAGCGUCUAACAAGCCAGCAGAAUCAAAUUCAACAGCAGCACCUGAUGUCGCAGCAUCAGAAGCAGAUGCAGCAACAGCUUCAGCAGCUGCAGAGCCUCAGUCAGCAACACAUGCAAAGUUACGGAAUGCCGCCGAUGAAUCCGUUAACGCCCAGACUGCAGGAUACGCAACAGUCGCAGUUCUAUUUGCACGAUCAGCCGCAAGUGCAGAGGAGAAUGUGGGGUCAACCGGCGCCCGCCCAGAGUCUGGCCAAUGAAAUGGCCGCGGUAGGCUAUCAGCAGCCGAUAGAUUCUCGAUUUAGCCCACAGUCUGUCGCUUACCAGCAGGAUAUGCGCGUAUACGCGGAUCCCACGAGAACCUGGGCCGCGCCGUCGCCGCAAAAGGGAUUCGUCCUGCACGAUACUCAGGAACCAAGAUACCUCAACGGCGGUGAUCAUAGUCUGUGUAAUAAUCAAAUGAGCCAUCCCAAUCCCACGUAUCCGGGGUCUUCGUCGCUUUUCAACCAAACACAAGCCACGUCUGCUAGUCCACAACAUCGUAACGCCGUUCAUCGAAUAAGUCAGUUAAUUAGUGAAAGUCCCGAACCCAAGAGAUCGAUUAUACAUCACAUCCCAAUCUCAUGCGAAAGUCCGACGGAAAAAAGGCAGAGUACCGCUUUGCACACUCCGGUCCCAGCCCCGCCUGCGGAUGACAUGAAGCCUCAGAAUAUAUCUUUUAUUGGCACGGACGAUGAAAUCGCGCAAGGCAUUCGCGGCUUAAACAUCACGUCAGGUAGUCGUACAUACAGAAUACCUUCGCCAACCAGACCCACGAUAUCGCAAAAUUCCUUCCAACCUCAUCCGUUGAGGGAGACUUCGUCGCGAUCAGCAACCCCGGACGUCACGCCUCUCGAUCCGAAUGAUGCGGGCGAGAAGGGCUUCUACAUUUCCUUCGAUAAUGACGUUCCUAAGAAACCGAAACCAACUCUCAGAGUCAAAAGAAUGUCUCCUAAGAAAGAACGGAGCGUAUCGUCUUACAUCGAACAUGAAGAUUUUUCGGUGCGGCCCGAGUCGCCUCCUGCCAACGCAGUCGAGAGGCAGAAACAAAUGGAAGCUCAGAGAGAACUUGAGCGGGAAAGAUUGAGACAAGCUGACGAGAGGGAGCAGCAGAGGCAAGAAAUGAGGGACAGAGAACUCAAGAAAGAAAUUGAGAGAGAACGACAGAGAGAAAAGCAACGUGACGGUAGCGCGGAAGGUCGACACACUUCCGGAGUUGGUUUAGUAAUUGGGAAUCAGCUCACGAAUCCCGAUCCUAAUUCUAUGGAUGAGAUGGAGAAGAAGAAGGAGAGGAUAAUGUUGAUGUCGCUGCAGAGAAGACAAAGACAGGAAGAGAUGAAGGAGAGAAAGGAAGUCGAGGCGCAAGCACGCAGGGAACAGGAAAAAAUGAAGGCGGAAGAGAGAGCUCGCAAGAAAGAAGAGGAGCGACAAAGAAGAGCUGCCAUCUUGGAGCACCAUAAAGUGAAGAAGGCGAUCGAGGAAGCAGAGAGAGAAGGUAAGGUAAUUGAUAAGGAGCUUCUGAAUGCAAUAAAUCCAGCAAAAUUACGUAACAAGACUGCAACCGCUCGACCACGGCCCAAAACAAUUCACGGCGACGCUGGCGCAGUGUUGGAUUCCGGAGUUCUCACACCUAGUCGCGGGAAGAAAGGUUCUUCCUCCAACUUAAGUACAGCGUCGCUGACCUCUCCGACGAUGAGGCGAGAUUACUACCGAGGCUCGCAGGAUAGUCUCACUGCUGCCCAUCUCGAUGACCGACGUUGUUCCGGCCCACUUUAUCGGGGCGGCAGUCUCAGGGUAUCUUCCGUAGAUUCACCUGACGAUGGUAGAGGUUCCUCGCCUUGCCGCAGCGUAAACCAACUAGGUCGACGUGGCUCAUACAAAACCUCCAGAGAUGCGCAGGAGUCUCAGCAACAGGUUAGAGGCAGGCCUAAAUACCAGACUUACCAAAACUUUAAGGGGAGAAAGUCUAAUUCCCUGAUGAAUUUGUGCGAUUCGGACAGCGGCCUGGGCAGAUCGACCCCGCCGAGACGAGCCGCCAGUCCGGGUAUAGGCAGCAUGAGACACCUGACAUCGCCUUCGGGUCCGGGCUCGUUACCACCCGCCCUGAUGACGUCGAAGAAGAGGGUCUACGACGACGGCAGCAGCGACAUCAGCAGCACACCCAGUUCUAUGAUGGACUAUAACGGCCCGAGACUGUAUAAACUGCCGAUAGCUAAGUCGAAUCGCACCAUUAUGCUGAACGCCGUGGAGUACUGCGUUUUUCCCGGCACAGUGAACAAGGAAGCCAAGACGAGAGUUUUGGACGAGAUUCACCGGUCUGAGAGCAAGCACUUCCUCAUUUUAUUUAGGGACGCUGGCUGCCAAUUCCGUGCUCUCUACUCGUAUUGUCCCGAGAGGGAGGAAGUAACCAAGCUGUACGGUACCGGGCCCAAACAAGUCAUUGAUAAUAUGUUCGACAAGUUUUUCAAAUACAAUUCUAGCGGAAAAUGUUUUUCGCAAGUUCACACGAAGCAUCUCACGGUGACCAUAGAUGCCUUUACGAUACACAACAGCCUUUGGCAAGGUAAAAAGGCUGUGAACUUACCGAACAAGAAGGACAUACCGCUCGUCAUAUAGUUUUACACAAGUGGUCACACACUUAACAUUUACGCUACCGUUCCCUCUGUUGUUCAUAUAGUUACUACAUAUUUUAAUACAAGCCCAUAUUAAAUUAAUGCGAAUAAGUUGCGUUCUUAGUCAAUUUUUAUAAAGGCAAUUGAUCGGUGCUGACCCGUGUGUGUGUGUGAGAGAGAGAGAGAGAGAGAGAGGAGGAUAUACAUCGGCGCAAGUAAGCCCACGCUCGUGACGAUUGCACGCCGCACUUUUUGCUAGAGCGGGAACAGAACCUUGUUACCAAAAAAUAGAAAAAAAAAAAACACCUUUCGAUUCUUUUUUUAUGUCUUUCGUACAUUGUUUAGUUUUUAUUUUAGUUUUUUUUUUGCGUUGUUGUGUGAAACGUCAGCAUCAAUCACUGUGUCAUAAAGUAACCAGUAUUUACUUAUUAGAAAUGAUUUGUUGUUCGUACAAUACAUAUAAUAUACAUUUGUAAUAUAAAUAUAUACAUAUAUGCAUAAUAUGUAAUAUAUAUAUAUAU